CAAACACAUUCCAUAUAAGUUGAAACACAAAAUAACAAUAAAUGUAGGGUGUGUGGAUACAUAUGCAUACACACAAUUAUUAGUGUUUGGGUGCAUUUACAAAUAAUAGACGUUGAUUCGAUGUAUUUAAUUAGGUAAAAUAUUUACGAAACUUAAGCAGCAAAAGCAAAUGAUAUAUACUUAUAGAUAUAUAAAGUGUGUGUGUGUGUGUGUUUUGAGUUUGAUAUAUCUCUUUCUGAAAUCCAGAUAUCAAAGUCCUCUUCCUUCCCCUGUUUCUGUUUGGGAGCUCUCCUCCUUCCAAGAACCUUCUUCGGCCUUGGGCUUUUCUCCCUCCUCUCUCUCUCUCUCUCUCUUCCUCCAUUGCUGAAUAUCCAUGGACUUGUCGUCUUCUUUCCACACCAACCCCUAUACUACUCUCUCAAUUUCUCUCUCUACAGACCAAUCCCAAAACCUCCAUGAUUGAUUCCUAGAUUUCCUACUAUUAUAACUGGAGCAUCAAUUCUACUCAACUUGUAUUCAGCUGAAUCAGCUUUCUUCUCUCUCUCUCCUUCAUCAAUCAUGAGGCCCCUACAGCCGCCGCCGGCCGCCGGAUCCGCCGUAAAUCGCGCUAGCCGGCAACGGCGGCGCCCAGACCUAACCCUGCCCAUGCCCCAGCGCGACACCUCCCUGGCCGUCCCUCUCCCUCUGCCGCCGAGCUCCGCCCCCUCCUCAGUCUCGUCCUAUCUCCAAUUAGAGUACUCGGAGCUGGAGCGCGUCAGCCGCAUCGGGAGCGGCGCCGGCGGCACCGUCUACAAGGUCCUUCACCGCCCCACCGGAAAAAUCUACGCCCUCAAAGUGAUAUACGGCAACCACGAGGACGCCGUGCGCAAUCAGAUGCGCCGCGAAAUCCAGAUUCUCCGCGACGUGGAUAACCCUAACGUGGUCCGCUGCCACAACCUCAUCGAUCACAACGGCGAAAUUCAAGUCCUCCUCGAGUACAUGGACAAGGGAUCGCUCGAGGGCACGCACAUCCCCAACGAACCCUCGCUCUCCGAUCUCGCCCGCCAGAUUCUCUGCGGAUUGUACUACCUCCACCGCCGCAAAAUCGUCCAUCGCGAUAUCAAGCCCUCCAAUUUACUCAUCAAUUCGCGAGGGGUGGUAAAAAUAGCCGAUUUUGGCGUGUCCCGAAUUCUGGCUCAGACCAUGGACAACUGCAACUCGUCGGUGGGGACGAUUGCGUAUAUGAGCCCCGAGAGAAUCAACACCGAUCUCAAUCACGGGAGAUACGAUGGAUACGCCGGGGAUAUUUGGAGUUUGGGAGUCAGCAUUCUUGAAUUCUACUUGGGAAAAUUCCCAUUCGCCGUGGGGAGGCAGGGAGAUUGGGCUAGUCUAAUGUGCGCCAUUUGUAUGUCGCAGCCCCCGGAGGCGCCGGCGACGGCCAGCCGGGAGUUCAGGGAUUUCAUUGCUUGCUGCCUGCAAAGGGAUCCGGCAAAGCGGUGGACGGCAGCUCAGCUGUUGAGGCAUCCGUUCAUCGCGCAGUAUGCAUCUCCGCCGCCUGGAAGCAACGGCAGCGGGAAUAAUCAGGUUCAUCAUCAGUCUCAUCUAUUACCCCCGCCUCGCCCGCAUUCUUCAAUUCCUUAGUUUCUGCUCUACUCAAUAAGUUAAGUACCUCUUAAUUCUAUAGAAUUGUGCCUGGGUUUAGGGUUGUGGGAGAAAUGGUGGAUAUUUUAUUACUUAGCAUCGAGCCUCAUGAUCAACCAUCUUAAGUUGAACGAUGUUGUUAAACCCUUGAAAGGAAUGAAAAUCUAUUUUCAGAGUCCCAA